GGUUGGUUGGUUGGUUAGGGUUUAAAGGACAGUUAGCAUGUUGAACCGGGUCAGGGAGCACGAGUACUCGGCCCAGCAGCCGGCACCUAUAGCCGCGGCCGCCGCCGCUUUAUACCAUACUAAACGUAACAGUUUGGUUGUAGUGAACAAGGAUACCGGUAUACCCCAAGUGGUCAUACAUAAAACCAUACACAAUGGUAAUGGUGGAGGCGGUGGUGGCCAGGGAUGUGUUAACGGACUGUCAAAUGGCCAUCACUAUUACGAUCUGAAUUCCGUACAGACACUCAAUAAUACCUCAUCGGUAACCAAACGCAAGAUACUGGAGAUAUUGCAAGAGGUCAACACUAAAAGGACGAUCAGGGAGUGUAGGGAAUCGGACGAGGAUUUAGGUAGUGUUCUGGGAAUGCAUACCUAUUUCAAUCAGAAAACAACUAAUUAUAAGCAAAAAUAUCGUGUCUAUAAUUUCCUGAAUUAUCCGAAAGGAUUUUGGGCCAUUAGUUAUCAUAUAUUGGUGUUCAUUAUGGUAUUUGCCUGCCUUAUAGUCACUGUUUUCUCAACAAUUCAUGAAUUUCAUAAUGCUGCCAUGAAAUUUCUAUAUCUAUUGGAAAAAGUCAUAAUCAUAUGGUUUAGCGGGGAAUUCCUGUUGCGCUGGUGGUCGGCCAGCUGUAAAAAUCAAUACCAGGGCUGGAAAGGCAAAAUCAAAUACCUGUCCGUACCCUCGCGACUAAUGGACAUCAUAGUCAUUGCCCUAUCGCUGGGUGUCCUGACAUUCAAUCCGAGUUCGGGUCACGAAGUUUUUGCCGCAUCGGCUUUCCGCGGGUUUCACCGUUUUUUCCAAGUUUUACAGAUACUUACGCUAAAUAAACAGUUGCAGCCCUGGAAGGUGUUGAGCUCAGUUAUCUACGAUCAGAGGGAACAGUUGUUUAUCAUAUUCUACAUUGAAUUUAUUGUAUUGUGUAUAUUGGCCUACAUUUCCUAUAUAGUGGAAAAAGAUGAUAAUCCACAGUUUGAUAGUAUUGCCGAAGCCAUGUGGUGGGCGUUGAUUACACUGUCGACUAUUGGCUAUGGAGACCGAGUGCCGAUAACAUGGUUGGGCAAACUUAUAUCCAGCUUGUUUACCGUAUUGGGUGUGGCCAUAUUUGCACUGCCGGCGGGUAUAAUCGGUACGGGACUGGCCCUGAAAGUGGAAGAAGAGGAACGUAAUCAGCAGAGGAAGAAAAAAAAAGUUGCCGCCGCUGUACUCAUACAGUCGAUGUGGCGAUGCUAUAAAGCCAAUGCCAACUAUCAGGCGGUGUCGACAUUUUUCAAACAUAAACCCAUGGAUCUAUUCAAACAACAUGAUUAUGAAAAUGUUGCCAACAAAUUUAUUAGGUUAACCCGUUUUUUCAUAGCCCGCCAACGAUUCAAGGAACUCCUACGGCCAGUAGACAUCAAAAACGUGCUGCAAAGCUAUAAAGAUGGACAGUUAGAUGUUAUGGCAAAAGUUAAACAAAUUCAACGAUCAGUGGAUAGGAUUGUCCAGAAAAUUGCUGGAAAUGAACAACAAAUUUAUGGCCAAAAUAGCCGAAUGGAUGAUAAAUUGAAUCGUUUAGAGUCAACACUGGCCGGUAUUAGACAACUAUUGGACAAACAGUUUGAGGCCAUCGAUCUGAUUGUUGGCCGUAUAGCUGAUAGUCAACAGUUUGUCGAUUAUAUUGUCGGCACCGGUAGCCGCACACAAUCGUGUAGUUGUCAGUGUCAUAUAAAUAAUACUAAUACUAAUCAUAGUCACAGUGAUAAUAAUAGUCGUCCCGAUAGGACAGGUAGUACUACUAGUAGUAGUAGUAGUAGUAAUAAUAAUAAUAAUACUAAUUAUAGUUUAAACAGUUGCGAUAGGAGGACAUCCCUAUAG